AUGGAUUCUCAAUUCAACCUCAAGGACUACUGCACACGUUGCAACCACCUCUUUGAAGAUAUUCAAAAUAUCUCGGAAACGAAAUGCGCCCAACGGUACCUCGAAACCUGUGUGUCGAAAUCGGGAAUCCAAGAAGCGGACUUUCAGUUUAAGGUGAAAUGCUACAAUUAUGGCGUAUUCAGCACUGGGCCGGCCUCUCUAGACGCUAGAAUGGUUGGAACACAUUGCGAACGGACCAAAAAGACCCUUCGGACGCUAAUAUACGGCCUGGAGCUAUGUUGCGGGAUAAUGGAAAAGCCGGGAUACAACGAGGCUGAUAGCAGAAAGCUUAUUGAAUACUGGCGGGAAGUGGAACAAUCGAUCCAGCUACUGUUCCCUGGCUUAUACAUGAUCAGGGAUGACUUUGCGGCGAAAACAAAGAAGUGUGAAAGGAUCGUGGUAAGGGAGGACUGA